AUGUUUAGCCAGCGACUGCAGCGUGAGAGGAGGGAGGCAGCCAUCAGUGCCUCCCUUAUCACACGACUGAAGGAGGCUGUGCAGAGCGUGUUGCAACCUGGUGCCGGAGGUGGUGUUUCGGAUGUAAGGGGACCCAUGAAGGGAAACCUGGGAGCAAUUGUGGGACACUCGGACAACACCAAUAACCUGUGUAAUGUGAUAGAAGCCAUCCUCAUCCAUGGUCUCCGAGACUCCCUGGGAGAGCGGAUGUCAGCUCUCCUCGGGGCCGACCCUGACAGGAUGCCUGUUCCCAACUUCUGGCCUGUCAUCAUGAUCAUUAGUCACCGAGACCUCAUGGAGCAGGUGGGAGAUCUUUCCUUUAUCACAAGCGAAGUUGGGAGGAGUCGAGCGUGGGUUCGCUUGGCGCUCAACCAGGGCCAGAUCUGUAGCUAUCUCAGCGUUCUGCUCCAGGACAAUCGUACCCUCAAGGAUUAUUAUAGAACGACUGCAGUCUUCCGCGAUCCCGAAAGAGCCGACAUCAUCCUCCGCGUCCUUCAGCCCAUCUCCGCCCUGACCUUCAACUUGGCCACCAACGCGGCUGUUCUCAACACCUGGACUCAGACCCCGUUGAUUCUGGCCGGACUGUGGGCACCGAGUGUUCAGAGUGUUGUUUCUGACCCUGUGCUUGCAGCCACUGAUGUGGCAAGCACUGUAAUGGAUGAACGCACGGAGGGUAUGAACAUUCCAAUUGUGGAAACCCCUGUCAGUGACCAGAUGUUUGACAUGAUCUUUGGUGGUACUCCAGAGACCAGUUUCAUCAGCAACAUGGAAAGCCGAGAAAGCAAGGACACCAAGGUACAGGAGAGUGACACACUCCAAGCUGAAGAGAAGGACAGGCUCAAUUCUCUUGGCUCACGACGGGAAGAAAGGGCUGCCACAGAGGACAAGAGGGACUCGGCCCUAGAAACUACGGACAGUGACCUACAGGCAUCGCAGGGUCAGGGGAAGAACCCCAGAGUGGAGGUUCAGAGUCCCCUGGAGGAGAGCCAGAAGCAGCACAGCCGCGACCAUUCCUUCACCAACUCCUCCGAGUGCAGGGACUACCACAGGACCUACAGCACAGACAGCUCCAUGUCUCGGAGUGUGAUCGAUGGGGCCCCGGAGUACGACCAGCUCUUUCUGGACAUCACUGCGGUGUCCCCAUUCGCCUCCGUGCCCGGCCUGAGCCUCUCCGACGUCGACCCAGCCUCGUCCAGCUCCACGCCCAGCAGAGAGGCAUCGCAUGAGUCCUCUCAUUCGGAUGAAGCAGAGAAGCUGAACUAUGAGGUUCUGUCGCAGCAGAUUCCUAGUGAUGCG